AUGGCGAUUCUAGUUCCGAUUUCGUUCCUGCUUCGGUUUUUCUUCCUACUUUCUCUCUUAUCCUUUUCUGUCUCCGAUUCCGAUUCUCCGAGUGCGCACCAGCACCGCGUGUUUCCUCGGCCGCUGAUAGUGGAGUACACAGAUAUGACGGAGGAGGUGCGCGAGCAGUGCGGCGCGUGGCGUGUGGCGGGGGAGGCGAACAACCUGGGCCCGUGGAGGACGGUGCCGGAGGAGUGCGCGGAGUACGUGAAGGAGUACAUGACGGGGAGGGGGUACGUGGUGGAUCUGGAAAUGGUGUCCAAGGAAGCAAGGGAGUAUGUCAAGAGUGUGGAACUCGGUAGCGAUGGCAAAGACGCGUGGAUUUUCGACAUUGAUGAGACAUUGCUCUCCAAUCUCCCCUAUUAUGCCGCGCAUGGAUAUGGGCUUGAGGUUUUUGACCAUGAGAAGUUCAACGAUUGGGUGGAGAAGGGUGUAGCUCCUGCCAUAGAACCCAGUUUAAAACUGUAUGAAAAUGUUCUGAAUAUGGGAUUCAAGGUUAUUCUGCUGACUGGACGGAGUGAAAGACACAGGAGUGUUACUGUUGAUAAUUUGAUCAAUGCUGGUUUUAAGGAAUGGGACCAGCUCAUAUUAAGAACCUCAGAUGAUCAAGGGAAACGAGCUGUACUCUUCAAAUCAGAGAAGAGGAGUGAGAUGGAGAGCGAUGGUUACAGGAUUCUUGGAAACUCCGGUGACCAGUGGAGCGAUUUAUUAGGUUCUUCUGUAUCUGUUCGGUCCUUCAAGCUUCCAAAUCCCAUGUAUUACAUCCCUUAG